AUGAGGGAGCUAGUACUACUUAUGAACCCCGACCAUGACAAGAUGUUUGGUUGGAACUUUCUCUAUCUACUGAAUAAUCCCCACGGGACAAUUGAGUUCCGGCGCGGAGCGGCGAGUAAUUCAGUGCAAGACGUCUUUAUCUAUAUAGAGAUUGCGAUGUCUUUUCUGGAAGCCUCAGUCCGGCUGGGAGAUGUGGAAAGCCUCAAGAGUGUGCCCGCCACUGUCGGUGGUCUCCAGUGGUUUAUCCAAGCAGCAAAGCUACCAGACGGCAUUCCUGGAUUAUUUGACUCCCGGUAUCUCAAGCUCUUCUUCGCGGAGAAGAAUCAAAGUGCUUUUCGUGAGCCAAGACCACUGGGUAUUCUUUCGCCUUACAAGCUGAAUAAGCUAAAUCGGAAGAAGGAAGAAGACAAGAGAAAAAACGUUGCUAUGGUCAAGAUGUUACAGGAGCCUUAUUGGAGCUGA